AUGUCUCUCAGGUCCCCAACUAGGUCCUCUAGGGGCUUUGUACCUCUUGGUGGCUCUAACUCGAGCCCUGGCGAUGGCGAUAUUCCUCUCACUCAAAUCCGAAGCAACAUGAGCACCGGCGCCCGGAAGGCCAAUCAAGGUAUCGGGUCAGGUUUCGAACAAUCUGAAGAUUCAGGCGACAAUGGAAACCAGGAGAAACAUCACUUCUUUCACCGCGGCCGCAGGUCUGCCAGGAAAGCCGAGCCGACAAAGUCGGAUGAGCUCGCUAGCAAUGAGCUUUCACUCAACGCUAUGGGCAGACUUUAUGAUCGGAUCGUCAACGCCUCUGGCCCCCAACGUUAUCUAUUGUAUAUUGUCCCCGUUGGGGCCUUGCUCGCCGUACCUAUCAUCGUCCUCGCUGCCCUGGAUAAGCGUAACGACAUUCCUGUCGGUGGCUCAGAAGAAAACCCGGGGCCCUCUCUUUUCCUUUUCUUCAUCUGGAUUGAGGUCGGCUGGCUAGCGCUCUGGGUUGGAAAACUCGUUGCCUGGCUAUCUGCCCCUGCGUUCAUGUUCUUUACUGGAGUCAUCAGCCCGGGAACACGCAAAUAUGCCGCUCUUCUACGAAAUCUUCAAAUACCCUUAUCGCUAUUCUUCUGGGCUCUUGCAGAUUGGCUCGUGUUCAUCAACGUUCUUCGACGCGGGCAUGAGAAAGUAUCCUGGGUUAAUACCAUUUCCACGAUCUUGGGAGCUUUGUUUGUGUCAUCGGCCAUUUUCCUCGGUGAAAAGGCUUUCAUUCAGCUCAUUAGCGUUUCGUACCACCAGCGUUCAUUCGCGAAUCGGAUUCAGGAUUCGAAGCGGGACGUUCAUCUUCUCGGCAUGAUGUAUGACGCGUCUCGGAAGCUAUUCCCCAUGUAUUGCGAGGAAUUUCUUGAGGAAGACCAGAUCAUUAAUGAUAGCAUCGAGUUACUCCUCGCAGGAAGUAAAAAGAAGUGGAGACGGAAUAAGGGAGCUGUGGCCGCCGUGCCGGGCAAGUUGAUUGGCAACGUUGGUCGUUUCGGCAACAAGGUUACAUCUGCUUUCGGUAAUAUUGCUUCAGAGAUCACCGGCAAGCAAGUUUUCAAUCCUAAUUCCGCACAUUCUAUCGUCAUUGAAGCCCUGGAAAAAGCUAAGACCUCCGAGGCAUUAGCUAAACGUAUUUGGAUGUCGUUUGUCGUGGAGGGAAAAGACUCUCUCUAUGCUGAAGAUAUCGCGGAAGUCCUCGGGCCUCAACAUCAGGAUGAGGCGGAGGAAUGUUUCGAUGCUAUGGACGCUGAUGGCAAUGGUGACAUCAGCCUUGAUGAGAUGAUUCGAAAGGUAGUCUCAGUUGGCAAAGAACGAAGGGCCAUUACUCUCAGCAUGCAAGACAUUAGUCAAGCCUUGGGUGCAUUUGACAAGAUCUUACUCUUCAUCGUACUGCUAGUGGUCAUUUUUGUUUUCUUGAGUUUCUUCCAAAGCUCCUUCGUUACGACACUGGCAACCGCGGGAACCGCGCUGCUAUCGUUGUCGUUCAUCUUUGCUGUUACAACUCAAGAGAUUCUCGGUUCUUGCAUUUUCCUGUUCGUCAAGCACCCAUACGAUGUCGGAGAUCGGGUCGAUAUCACAGGUCCGGAAAAGGAGGCACUUGUUGUGGAAAAGAUCUCCCUACUCUACACUGUUUUCACCAGAAUUGAUAAGAUGCAAGUAGUGCAGGUCCCUAACAUUCAGCUCAAUAACGUGUGGAUCGAAAACGUUACUCGAAGCAAGGCAAUGAAGGAAGUCAUCGAUGUUAAUGUAUCAUUUGAUACAACCUUCGAAGAUAUCGAACUACUUCGACUAGAGAUAGAGAAGUUUGUCCAGUCUCCCGAAAACUCCAGGGACUUCCAAUCAGAUUUCGGCAUAGGAGUGGGUGGCGUCGGCGAUCUCGAUAAGCUCAACCUCAAGGUUGCUAUUAAACACAAGUCUAACUGGCAUAAUGAGGCCGUACGAGCUACCAGGAGAUCCAAAUUUAUCUGUGCUCUUGCACAGGCGUUGAAGAAGGUUCCCAUCAAUGGUCCUGGAGGUGGUGGCGAAGUUCUAGGUGGUCCUACGAACCCUACUUACUCAGUUAGCGUUUCAGAUGUUGAGGCUGCUGCGGCUCGUGACAAAGCCGCACAGGACAAGGAUGCUGCUCGCCUCGUGCCUCUGAAUGAUUCGAGUGCAAUUAGUGAGGACACCGCAGUUCAGGGCAUUAAUACUCUCAAUCCUCUGGUGGCUGCGCAAGACGAGUGGGGUUACAACCGCGAUGAUGAGACUUUGAGCGAUGCUCAUGGUCAAGCUAUCGAUCGAAUGCGGUCAAAUGACGGCCAUUCUUUGCAAUCUGGACCGCGCAAAACACCGAGCCAACGUGGCGGCCUUCGCAGAGCCGGUGAAUCGGUGCCAGUGGAGCAAGUCCCAGAACGGACACCAAGCUUACAGGUCACUCAGCAUAUGGGGCCUUUUGAUGAGGAGGCACAGAUGGGUGGACCGAAUCCUUUCACUACGGCCCAGCAGAAUCUGCAGCAGGCCCCCUAUGCUGCUCCGCCAUCGUCAAACAGGACCAACCCUUUACAAACUGUCAGCGAACCAAGCAGUAGGCCAGGUGGAGUCGGUUCGUCUCAACCGCAAAACCCACCUUAUCAGCGGUAA